UUAUCACUAGAACGAAAGCUUGCUUGGCGUCACUGGCUUUAGAGGUGUUUUUACCGCUAAAACUAACAACAUUAUUGUUUUUAAUAAGUUUAACUUAUAAUUUAGUACCUACUGGUAUGGUAUAAUGAAAUGUGCUUAUAAUAAUCAAUUCAUUUAGAAAUUGAACAAAAUGCACAUAAAACAGGUCAUUAUCCAAGGCUUCAAAAGCUACAGAGAUCAGACUGUAGUGGAGCCAUUUGAUAAAAGGCACAAUGUAGUUGUGGGUAGAAAUGGCUCAGGAAAGAGCAACUUCUUCUAUGCCAUUCAAUUUGUUUUGAGUGAUGAAUACUCACAUCUCAGGCCUGAGCAAAGGCAAUCUCUACUUCAUGAAGGUACAGGUCCUAGAGUUGGCACUGCUUAUGUGGAAAUAAUCUUUGAUAAUUCUGACAACAGAGUUCCCAUUGAACAAGAUGAAAUUUUCUUGAGGAGAGUAAUUGGAGCAAAGAAGGAUCAAUAUUGUUUAAACAAAAAGGUUGUGCCUAGGAGUGAAGUUAUGAAUUUGUUAGAAUCUGCCGGAUUUUCAAAUUCUAAUCCAUAUUACAUUGUCAAACAGGGAAAGAUUAAUCAAAUGGCUACAUCACCAGACUCUCAUCGACUCAAACUGCUUCGUGAAGUUGCCGGUACAAGAGUAUACGAUGAACGACGUGAAGAAUCCCUUGGUAUUUUGAAAGAAACUGAAACGAAACUUGAAAAAAUAGAAGAAUUUCUUGCAACAAUCACGGAGCGUUUGAGCACACUUGAGGAAGAAAAAGAAGAGUUAAAGUUAUAUCAAAAUCAUGAUAAAAAUCGGCGCGCAAUCGAAUACUUUAUCCUUGAAAUUGAACUCAAUGAGCAAAAACGAAAACUCGAAGAUUUAGAACGUCAACGCAACGAAUCAUCCAAUGAACAGAACAAUUUAGCUACAAAUUUGAAAAAGGCACAGGAUAACAUUAAAACUUUUGCAAAGAAAGUUAAAGACUCCAAAAAGGAAUUUUCUGCAUUAAAAGAGGAAAGAGAUAUAUCAGCAAAUGAUCUGCAGCAUUUACAUAAAGAGAAAGCUAAAUUGGAUUUAACUAUCAAGGAUUUAUCUGAUGAAGUACAAGGUGAUAACAAGUCUAAGGAAAGGGCAGAGAGUGAACUCAACAGGCUCGAGGUGUCCAUCAAGGAGAAAGAACAGGAAUUAGAAAAGGUGAAGCCACAAUAUGAAAUGAUGCGAAAGCGGGAGGAGGAAUGUACACGCGAAUUAACACUAAAAGAACAGAAGCGCAAAGAAUUGUACGCUAAACAGGGUAGAGGAAGUCAAUUUGCUUCAAAAGACGAUCGAGAUAAAUGGAUUCAGAACGAACUCAAAUCGCUUAAUAAACAGAUAAAAGACAAAGUCGAUCACAAAGAACGUAUUUCUGAAGAUUUGCGCCGGGACGGUGCAAACGCCAUCAGCCUCAAUAAGAAAAUCGAAGAACAGACACAAGAAAUGGAAAGACAAAAAGUUUGCAUCGACGAACACAACAAGUCGAUCUAUGAAUUGAAAAAGAGUAAAGAUCAACAUCACAGUACCAGAAAUGAGUUGUGGCGUAAAGAAAAUAAUGUUCAGCAAAAUUUUGGAAGUCUUAAAGAUGAUUUAUUGAAAGCUGAUCAAUCUUUACGAUCCAUGGCAGGAAAACCAAUUCUUAACGGACGUGACUCUGUAAAGAAAGUAUUGGACACUUUUAAUUCGCGAGGAGGACGCGAAGCUGAAAUUGCUAAGUCUUAUUACGGUCUUGUUAUUGAAAAUUUCCAUUGCGAGAAAACAAUUUAUACCGCCGUGGAAGUUACAGCUGGUAACCGUCUUUUCCAUCAUGUGAUUGAGUCCGAUCGAGUUGGUACACAGAUUUUGAAGGAAAUGAACCAACAGAAAUUGCCUGGAGAAGUUACUUUCAUGCCGCUCAAUCGUUUGAAUGUACGAGGUCAGGAUUAUCCUGAUGAUGGUGAUGCGAUUCCAAUGGUUUCAAAACUUAACUACGAUGAGAAAUAUGACAAGGCAAUGCGUUAUUUGUUCGGUAAAACAUUAAUUUGCCGUAAUUUGGAUGUUGCUACAAAAUUGGCGCGUUCUACGGGUUUGGAUUGUGUUACAUUGGACGGUGAUCAAGUGAGUUCCAAGGGUUCUCUCACUGGUGGAUACUUCAACACGUCUAGGUCGCGUUUGGAGAUGCAAAAGACGCGUACUGAAUUGAUGGAACAAGUUACACAAUGUGAGAAGGAACUCGCUACACUACGCGAAGAAUUGCAAACAACCGAAACCGCGAUUAAUAACAUCGUCUCUGAUAUGCAGAAGACAGAAACGAAAAACAGUAAAUCGAAAGCAAUUUACGACAAAGUUAAGGGAGAAAUUCGUUUAAUGAAAGAGCAAGUAUCUAGCAUUGAGCGUUUCCGUGGGUCCAAGGAAAGAUCACUCGCUCAGUGUACUUCUAAUUUGGAAGCUAUGCAAACCACCAAGGAGGGUUUAGAAUCUGAGUUGCACCAGGAAUUGUUAUCGCAGUUGUCCGUAGCUGAUCAACAAGAGGUGGAUAAUCUAAACGAUGAUAUUCAGCGCUUGCAGAAAGAGAACAAGGAGGCGUUUUCGAGCCGUAUGAAACUUGAGGCAGAAAAAAAUAAACUUGAGAAUCUGUUAACCAACAAUCUCAUUCGACGUCGCGAUGAAGUAUUACAUGCUUUGCAGGAAAUUUCUCUAGAAGAUCGAAAGCGCCAACUGGUAAAUUGCAAAACGGAGCUUACUGAAGUGGAUAAAAAGAUCGCGAAGGUUAACAGCGAUACAACAGCAGCCGAUGCAAAGAUUAAGGAGUUGUCGAAAAAGUUAAAAAGUGAACAGAGCGAGUUAGAUAGAUGGAAAAAGUCUGAGAAAGAAGCGGAAGAAAAAAUCAAUGAAGACGCGCGACAUUUGGAGAAGUACGCAACAAAGCAGCGGAUGUUAGAGGAAUCUAUAGAAGAGUAUGUUAAAAAGAUUCAAGCAUUAGGUGCUAUGCCAUCCGGUGAAUCUGUGCAGCGAUUUUCCAGAAUGUCUUCCAGAACGCUUUUCCGUGAACUUGAAAAGACUAACAAUGAGCUAAAGAAGUUCGCGCACGUAAAUAAAAAAGCACUUGACCAAUUUAUGAGUUUUUCUGACCAAAAGGAAAAACUAACGAAGCGGAAGGAUGAGUUAGAUCGUGGAAAUGAAAAGAUUAAAGAACUCCUUACAUCUCUUGAUCAACGUAAAACUGAAGCUAUACAAUUCACAUUCAAACAAAUAUCGCGAUUCUUCAGCGAAGUGUUUAAAAAAUUAGUUCCGGUUGGAAAGGGUAAAUUGAUCAUCAGAAAGAUUGACGAUGAUGAAGGUGGCGAAAUUGCACCGGAAGAUACAGCUGACGUGUACACAGGUAUAGGAAUUAAAGUGUCUUUUACCGACUCCGAUGCAGAGAUGAAAGAGAUGAAUCAGUUGUCAGGAGGGCAGAAAUCGCUGGUUGCAUUGGCGUUGAUUUUUGCUAUUCAAAAAUGCGACCCGGCGCCUUUCUAUUUGUUCGAUGAAAUCGAUCAGGCGCUUGACGCGCAGCAUCGUUUCGCGGUUGCGAAUAUGAUUCAUGAGUUAACAGAUGAGGCGCAGUUUAUCACUACUACUUUUAGACCUGAACUGUUGGAGCAUGCUAAUAAAUACUACGGCGUUAAGUUUCGUAACAAAGUUAGUCACGUGGAAUGCGUGUCGAAGGAUGUUGCCAGAGAUUUCGUUGAGGACGAUCAAACGCAUGGCUAGAAAUACACGAUAUCUUUUAUAUUCUCUAGCAUCUAAGAUUACACAUUGUUAAUAAUUCUAAAGAUUAGUAUCAAGCGUUAGCAUUUUAUCUAAUUUUUUGUCAAUACCAUGCAGUAAAUCGGAUUAAAAUAUAACAAAUUA